AUGCAACAGAAUCCCAGCACCGCAGAACAUCACCGCCAACGCCACGUCACGCCCCGUCACGUCACGACACGACACGACACGUCGCGAUUGAGUAGGGGAGUAGCUGACAGCGGGCGGGCACGACGGGCACUAGCAGUUCGGUCCCAAACUGCGAACCCCCCGGCCGCCGCGACCGACGGCAGGGCAACCCCAGAACACAGGCCGCCAACCAACGGCAGCGCUGUGGGGAUCCGUGAGGGACCGAAGAAAGCCGGUGCGCGGGCCAGCCUCCUGCCAGUCUCGCUGCUGGGGAUAGGGGGACUUGGAGGGAAGAUUUCGUUGUGCGUACUGGUCUCGCUGCAUGCGCUGGGAGGGGAGGGGGUGGGUGGAUGGAUGGAUGGAGGGAGCAUGUCGUGUAUACGAUUUACGUCACAUCACUUCAAGACGGUGCCAUUCCAUGCGCUUGAAUUCACUUCACCUCACCUCACUUCCCUUCCCUUCCCUUCCCGUCAUUCCACCUCCACCCUUCCCUUCCUGUCAUUCCACCUUCACCCUUCCCUUCCCGUCAUUCCACCUUCACCCUUCCCUUCCCGUCAUUCCACCUUCACCCAGUCCAUCUCAGUAAACACCAGCAUCAUGACCUCAACCCCACCCCAAGCCCGCCUCGCCGACGUCGCCACCGCCACCACCCUCCACACGUCGCGCAAACACACCGCACUCCACUGCACCGCCCUCGCCUUCGUACACGCACAGCGACACAACGCCUCGCUCGACACUCGCAUGGACUUUGCCGCGCUGCGCUCCCUCGCCGCACCCCACUUCUCCCACACCUUCGGCCCCGCGUACGCCGUGUCGUGCGCGCCCAAGCUGCAGGGCGCCUUCACCCUCGACGGGCUGCUGGCGCACUUGGGCGCCAUGGUGCCGCUGCUGGAGGGGUGGGAGGUCGAGGUGACAGGCUGUGUGGUGGAUGAGGUGGGGGAGCGUGUUGUCGUGAGAGCGAGUUACUACAUGCGCGUUCGAGGUGCGAGGGAGACGGUGGAGAAUGAGGUCGUGUGGUGGUUGGAGCUUGAGGAGAGCUUGCCUGGGAGUGCGAUUGGGAAGGAGGAGGUGGGUGGUGGGUGGAGGGUUACGAGGAGUACCGAGAUGGUGGAUGCUGGGGCGGCGGGGAGGAUUAGGGAGUUGAUGGCGGGGAACAAGGGGGAGGAGGUGGUGCGGAGGGACUCGGCGUUGGUUGCUGCUUAG